CUAGAAACAGCACGUCACGGUGAGCAAUAUGCGUCCUGCUUUUAGAUGUUCAUGCACCGUCUUUAUACUUGCUUCCCUUGUUUUUCAAGAAUUGGAUUUUUCGAUUUUUUUGUCGGAUAAAGAUGUCACGGUGCCCAGUCGACCUGCUUCAACAUGCAAUUUUUUAUCUGCUAAAAAAAAAGAUACACGAGGUCCAUAUCAUCUAAAUGUAGUUGAAGAUGGCCCUGCUGGUCCUCGUAAGCAAGCUAAAGCUGUCUCGUCACAUGCGACGUUUUGGGGUAAGAGACGCUUUCUUGGCUUUGCCGCAGCACAAGCAGAAAAUGCGGAUUCCCAUUCGCGGCUGGCGUUGAGAACGCUGUUGCGAAAUGCGACAGAAUUUUACCAGCGCUGGCCCUCUGCGCGGAGCGUCCUCCAUCGCAGAGACCAUAGCGGACCAGAUGCAAACGCAAAUUUUUCUGCUCAACAAGAACGCGACAGCAUCUCCAUCAAUGUCCAAGAUGCUGAAUCCUCGUUCCAUAAGACGCAGGUCGAGGUACCGAAUCUACAGCGCAUCGGGGAAGCACGAAAAUGGUAUGAUGUUCCUUCGCUUUUCGCGCAGUGCGGCCUCCGCGACUUUGGACGUGAGUUCAAACGCUUCGCCCACGAAAAGGUCACCGCCAGUUCCAAGUCCUGUUGGGAUGACUUUGAUAAGUUUAUGGCCCCAGUUCAUGGUUGUAGUUACAGGGAGUUUCUCCAAUUAUAUGUACUUGAUGUAGUUCAGUAAAUUCUUGAAGUAUCAUCUUCAUGCCUAUCAUCGAUAGAAGAGCCGAAAUAGCGAAAAUAGUGCAACGGGUUGCACUUCUAACCCGAGCGGUUACUUAGGCGGGCGCUUAGCAGAAGUACCAGAGCGACGUGUGCUAUCUACUACAACCCCUUCUCCACAGACACACACAGGUACACACACACACACCGCCACAAAAACAAUUUUACUUUUCGGACUCAUUGUAUAGAAGAGCCGAAAUAAUAGCGACUUUCUUGCACGUGAAAGGCACUUCUAACCCGAGCGGUUACUUAGGCGGGCGCUUAGCAGAAGUGCCAGAGCGACGUGUGCUAUCUACUACAACUCCUUCUCCACAGACACACACAGGCACACACACACACACCGCCACAAAAACAAUUUUACUUUUCGGACUCAUUGUAUAGAAGAGCCGAAAUAGCGAAAAUUGCACGUCGAAAGCACUUCUAACCCGAGCGGUUACUUAGGCGGGCGCUUAGCAGAAGUACCAGAGCGACGUGUGCUUGUGGAGAUCGGAAGCUUUGACGCGGCCUCGAUCAAAGAGCUCUUUGAGAAGAAGCUGUUGGGGGACGCAGGUAAGGAAUAUGUUAUUAUUUUUACCCGAUGAGAGGCAGUGGCUAUGUUAUUAUUACUUAAUUAACUAAUAAUAAUUAAAAAUCUUUGCUACCUCUCGAAUGGGUACACUACUACUACUACUACUACUUUCCGUGCUUUUUCUCCUCAUGUUCUUGUUCAUUAUUUGAGCUACUAGCGGUCGUCACGGUUUAAUCCUAGUACAGUGCAUCAUUCAUGAUCAUUCUCUCCAAGCAACUCAGCCUCGUCACGCUUCCGCUCUUAUUCUUUCGAGCCUCACCCAGAAGCUUUUGAGGAAAAAAUGCGACCGAACUUGGACUGCGAGUGGAUGCGUCCAUUUGCGACCGGCAUCAAUCUGGGUUUUGACCGGAAGAACGAAACUCUCUGCUUCGACCGUGAGCAUGAUGAUGUAA